AUGCGACUAGCUCUUGUCCUCUGCAGUCUUCUCCCGUUCAUACUUGCCGCUCCCUUUUCGAACGACGCAACAUACACCGAUGCGGUUGCUCGUUCAAAAAUGCUGCCAUUGGCAGCGGCAGCCUACAGCAAGUCGCCACAAACGUGCCUUACGAACCGUUUCACGAAAGCCACGCUGAAUCCGAGUGUUAAGUUGAAACGCCAAUUGACUGUGAAGUGUGGCCCAGCUGGCAAGGAGGACAAGUGCUCUGGAUUCAGCGCUGUUCUUGAAGGCGAUCAAGCGAUCGUUCUCAGUUUCAGGGGCACUGACACGUUCCUUCAGCUUGUCGUUGAAUCCGAUCAAAGUGUCUUCAGCGCCCAGGUCUCAUGGAUCGCUGGCGGAAAAGUGUCCAAAUACUUCAACGACGCUUUCAUGGACUUGUGGAACGGUGGAAUGAAGGAUGAUUUCAACACACUCAGAUCGAAAUAUCCGUCGUACAAAGUUUGGGUGACGGGUCAUUCUCUUGGAGGAGCGAUGGCCACAUUGGCAGCCUCCUAUGUUGUUGGAGCUAAGCUCGUCCCAGCUGCCAACGUCGAAUUGGUCACAUUUGGUCAGCCACGAACUGGUAACAAGGACUUCGCAGCUGCUCAUGAUAACCAGAACAUGUACAGCUACCGCGUUACGCAUUGGAGAGACGUCGUACCACACGUACCGCCGGAGAAUCUGGAAGGUUAUCGCCAUCACAAAUCUGAGGCUUUCUAUCACAACGACAAGAGCGGUGCGUCUUUCAAAGUAUGCGACGCUGAUGAGGACAAGGGCUGCAGCGAUGGACUGGACAUCACUACAUCGAUUCCUGAUCAUCUUCACUACUUCGAUGUUGACGUCAGCGCAUACGGCGACAAGGGUUGUAAAUAG